UCCUUGGAUGCAAAUAGGGCUGAACGAAUUUUUGCAGGAGCCAGGGGAAUGCCGGCACUGAUGAAAAUCCUUGAGGUUCUCUUUACGGCUAAUGCCAAUGAUUUCUGAGACAAUUAUUUAAACACCAGAAUUCAGUCUGCAUCCACUGAAUGGGACUAGUAAUUCCUCUAAGUAUAGCUGUCAGGGUCAAAGGGCUUUACGUUUGCACAGUGUUUGAACCCGGUCAAUAGGUCCCUCGUGCAGCAUUUAUCUAGAGGCUUCCCGUACCACGCUCCAAGUUGUGAAACUUCCUGGAGGUAGUACCAAGGACCGCCCCUUUCGCACCGCCCUUGAGUGACACCACCCACCGAGGUCUCUAAUGACGUCAGCUCCGGACCGGCUCUGCUCCAUCCUCCCCUUCUCCGGAAACCUACAACUCACGGCACCCGGCCUCCAGCUUUCGGAACUAUGGAGGCCGCGCCCGGGACCCCCCCGCCGCCACCAUCAGAGUCGCCGCAGCCGCCAUCGCCGCCGCCGCCAUCAACGCCUUCGCCUCCUCCGUGUUCCCCCGACGCCUGCCCGGCCACCCCGCACCUCCUCCACCACCGCCUCCCGCUCCCUGACGACAGGGAAGAUGGUGAGUUGGAAGAAGGUGAACUGGAAGACGAUGGGGCCGAGGAGACCCAGGACGCCUCUGGAGGGCCCGAGAGGAGCCGGAAGGAAAAGGGGGAGAAGCACCACAGCGACUCGGAGGAGGAGAAGUCUCACAGGAGACUGAAGCGGAAGCGGAAGAAAGAGCGGGAAAAGGAGAAGAGGCGGUCGAAGAAGAGGAGGAAGUCCAAGCACAAGCGCCAUGCGUCUUCCAGCGAUGACUUCUCCGACUUCUCCGAGGACUCGGAUUUCAGUCCCAGUGAGAAGGGGCACCGCAAGUACCGGGAGUACAGCCCCCCGUAUGCGCCGUCCCACCAGCAGUACCCCCCGUCACACGGCACGGCCCUGCCCAAGAAGGCCUACUCCAAGAUGGACAGCAAAGGCUACGGCCUGUAUGAGGACUACGAGAACGAGCAGUACGGCGAGUACGAGGGCGACGAGGACGACGACCUGGGGAAGGAGGACUACGACGACUUCACCAAGGAGCUGAACCAGUACCGGCGCGCCAAGGAGGGCAGCAGCCGGGGCCGAGGCAGCCGAGGCCGUGGCAGGGGCUACCGGGGUCGAGGCAGCCGCGGAGGGUCUCGAGGCCGAGGCAUGGGCAGGGGCAGCCGCGGAAGGGGCAGAGGCUCCGUGGGAGACCACCCGGAGGACGAAGAAGAUUUCUAUGAAGAGGAGAUGGAAUAUGGAGAAAGUGAGGAGCCAAUGGGAGAUGAGGACUAUGACGAAUAUUCCAAGGAGCUGAACCAGUACCGCCGGUCCAAGGAUGGCCGAGGACGAGGGUUAAGUCGAGGCCGUGGCCGGGGUUCCCGAGGUCGAGGGAAAGGGAUGGGCCGGGGUCGUGGGCGAGGUGGCAGCCGAGGAGGAAUGAACAAGGGCGGAAUGAACGAUGACGAAGACUUCUAUGAUGAGGACAUGGGCGACGGUGGCGGGAGCUACCGGAGGAGUGACCAUGACAAGCCCCACCAGCAGUCUGACAAGAAAGGCAAAGUCAUCUGCAAAUACUUCGUGGAGGGGCGGUGUACGUGGGGAGACCACUGUAAUUUCAGCCACGACAUCGAGCUACCAAAGAAGCGAGAACUGUGCAAGUUUUACAUCACCGGGUUCUGUGCCAGAGCAGAGAACUGCCCCUACAUGCAUGGUGAUUUUCCCUGUAAGUUGUACCACACGACCGGGAACUGCAUUAAUGGUGAUGACUGCAUGUUCUCCCAUGACCCCCUGACCGAGGAGACCAGAGAGCUCUUGGAUAAGAUGUUGGCUGAUGAUGCAGAAGCGGGCGCCGAGGAUGAGAAGGAAGUGGAGGAACUGAAGAAGCAGGGCAUCAACCCCCUGCCCAAGCCACCCCCGGGCGUGGGCCUCCUGCCCACCCCUCCUCGGCCCCCCGGGCCCCCGGCCCCGACCUCUCCCAAUGGCAGGCCCAUGCAGGGCGGCCCCCCGCCCCCACCCCCACCCCCGCCCCCACCCCCUGGGCCCCCCCAGAUGCCUAUGCCAGUGCACGAGCCACUGUCGCCCCAGCAGCUGCAGCAGCAGCAAGACAUGUACAACAAGAAGAUCCCCUCCUUGUUUGAGAUCGUGGUGCGGCCCACGGGCCAGCUGGCUGAGAAGCUGGGUGUGAGGUUCCCUGGACCCGGAGGACCCCCGGGGCCAAUGGGCCCUGGGCCCAAUAUGGGCCCCCCGGGGCCAAUGGGGGGCCCAAUGCAUCCUGACAUGCAUCCUGACAUGCAUCCCGACAUGCACCCGGACAUGCACCCCGACAUGCACCCUGACAUGCCGAUGGGCCCUGGCAUGAACCCUGGCCCGCCCAUGGGACCCGGUGGCCCCCCAAUGAUGCCCUAUGGUCCUGGAGACUCCCCACAUUCUGGAAUGAUGCCCCCCAUCCCGCCAUCCCAGAACUUCUAUGAAAACUUUUACCAGCAGCAGGAGGGCAUGGAGAUGGAGCCAGGACUCAUUGGGGACGCAGGUGACACUGGAAACUGGUACUCGAGUGAUGAAGAUGAGGGUGGGAACAGCGUCACUUCCAUCCUUAAGACCUUGAGACAGCAGACGUCUAGCAGACCCCAGGCUUCCGUCGGGGACCUGAGCAACAGUGGGCUGGGGGAUCCCCGCCUCCAAAAAGGACACCCCACAGGAGGCCGGCUGGCUGACCCUCGCCUCAGCCGGGACCCCAGACUCACCCGCCACGCCGAGGCUUCCAGCGGGUCUGGCCCAGGAGAUACAGGGCCCUCCGACCCUCGGCUGGCCCGCUCCCUGCCCACCGCCAAACCCGAAGGCAGCCUUCAUUCCAGCCCUGCAGGCCCCAGCAGCUCCAAGGGGUCUGGACCACCCCCUACAGAAGAGGAGGAAGGGGAGCGGGCCCUGCGGGAGAAGGCCAUGACCAUUCCCCUGGACCCUCUCCCUGGGCACCCGCUGCGGGACCCGAGAUCACAGCUGCAGCAGUUCAGCCACAUCAAGAAAGAUGUGACCCUGAGCAAGCCGAGCUUUGCCCGCACCGUGCUCUGGAACCCCGAGGACCUGAUCCCCCUGCCCAUCCCCAAGCAGGACGCGGUGCCCCCUGUCCCUGCAGCCCUGCAGUCCAUGCCCACCCUGGAUCCCAGGCUGCACCGUGCCACUGCCACAGGGCCCCCCAACCCCCGACAGCGCCUGGGCACCUCCACAGAGCCCGGCGCAUCUGGCUCCAACCUGCCUGACUUUGAGCUCCUCUCUCGCAUCCUUAAGACGGUCAAUGCCACGGGCCCCUCAGCGGCCCCUGGCUCCAGCGACAAGCCCAGUGACCCCCGGGUGCGGAAGGCACCUACCGACCCUCGGCUUCAGAAACCAGCAGACUCCGCUGCCUCCUCCCGGGCUGCCAAGCCUGGCCCCACCGAAGCAUCCUCUCCAGCCGGCAGCCCCAGCGGGGAGUCCUCCCCACCAGCCACCGCCCCCUAUGACCCCCGAGUACUGGCUGCCGGCGGGCUGGGCCAAGGCAGCGGAAGUGGGCAGAGCAGCGUGCUGAGUGGCAUCAGCCUCUACGACCCCAGGACUCCCAACGCAGGUGGCAAAACUGCAGAGCCGGCUGCCGACGCAGGAGCCCAGCCCAAGGGCCCUGAGGGCAAUGGCAAGAGCUCAGCCGCCAAGGCCAAGGAGCCCCCAUUCAUCCGCAAGUCCGCCCUGGAACAGCCGGAAUCCGCGAAAUCCUCUGCGGAUGGGGGUGCUGCCACAGCCACGGACAGAUACAACAGUUACAACCGGCCCCGGCCCAAGGCCACAGCGGCCCCCACCGCUACCCCAGGCGCCCCACCGCCAGAGGGCACCCCGCCCCAGCCUGGCGUGCACAACCUGCCAGUGCCCACCCUCUUUGGGACUGUGAAACAGACGCCCAAGACGGGCUCUGGGAGCCCAUUUGCUGGCAAUAGCCCAGCCCGCGAGGGCGAGCAGGACGCGGGGUCCCUGAAAGAUGUUUUUAAAGGUUUUGACCCCACUGCCUCCCCCUUUUGCCAGUAGUGUUAAGCUGGAGUCAAGCGCUCCCUGCACCCCACCCUUCCCAGGGCAAUAUUUAAGGGCAGCAACCAGAGUUGGGAACUUGGGGGGAGGGGGGCUCUGGGUUUUUUUUUUUCCCUUUUGUUUUUUCUCUCCAUGUGUCUCUCUCUCUCUCUCUCUUCUCUUUCUCUUUUUCUCUCUUUUUUAAUAGUACUUUCGUUACAACAUAUAAAUUGUAUAUAACCAUUUUCAGUCCGUUCUGGUCAGUGCUGCAGGGCUCCCAGGCUCCCACCAAGAAAACCUGCACGUGAACAGUUUCAAGUCCCCUGGGCCUCAGCCCUAGCUGGCACUUCCUCUGUCCAGGCUCAGUUCAGGGACUCUCUAAAGGCUGGAGCCCCAGUCUGGUGGCUGGGGGUCCGGUGGGUUUUCUGGGCAAAGCUCGGCCCCUCCUCCGCCCCCUGCCCACCCCCGAGGACAAAGGGAACAGUAGGUGUCCGAAGGCACUGAAUGCUGCUCACCCCACAUGAGCGAGGAGAGAUGAAGCCGAGACAGUGGUCAGGCCCUGCAUGGGAGCAGGUCCAGGUGUUUCUAGAACCCCAUCCCUUCUGCAGGGGGCAGGCCCUGACGACCUGCUUCAGAGACCGAAGGAAGGAGACAAUUUGAGAGAAAGGCAGAGAGCCCUCGGAAGCUGCCUGGCCCAGAAGAAGCAGAGCCCCAUCUGCUCCUGUCUCCGGAUUCGCACACUGGCCUCCCUGCCGCCCUCCGUCCAGAGUUCGUCCUCAGACCCACACCCUCUGCCCACAUCAGAAGACUCCAGGGUGAGAGAUGGACCUGGAGGUGGCAGGGCUGAUGUGGGGCGGCAUACCCCAAAAGCUGCCUCCAGGAGGCAGCCUUCGCGUGUUUUCUGUCAGUAUUAGCUCCUGUCCUGUCCUGUCCUGUCCCGUCCCGCCGUGGCCAUGCCUCCUCCCCUCAGGCUGGGGGUCUUUCCUGGUCCUCAGGAGCCAGAGCACCCAGUGUGCUGGCCCCAGCCCCUCAGGGGAUAGCUCAAGGAUCCGUGGCAUGGCCACUCCACCAGGCUCCCGACGGAGCCCCAGGUGGUUCUUGGCAAAGUGUUUCUACUCUCCGCUUGCUUUGAACCUCCUUGCACCGUGUCUAACUUAGGGCCUAUGGUUUUGGUGUGUGCGGUUUUUUUCUCAGCUGACAGGUGCAUGGGUUCAGAGGUGUGUCACAGUAUUGGAUUUUGGGGGCUUGAGGAAAGGGCAGGAGACUAGCCAGGGCAGGGUGGGGCUGUCGGGCCCUCUCCAGGAGAGGGCCCAGCAGGAACCCCGCUUGCAGGUGGAGGGUGCCGAACCAGAAACCUACAUCGUGCUCCCCUCCUCCGGCUGAGCCGGGAUGGGAGCAGAGACGUCUGCACUGGGCUCCCCCACCUGCCCCAGGACCCUGGCUGAGAUCCAGCCCUGUCCAUAGAGCUCCGGAGGAGGCCCGUCCUGUGGUGGUGGCCUGGGGAGACCAGCCCAUGGCUCGGGGGUCCUUUCCACUUUUGUGUAAGCAUGUGCUGGCCGUCUCUUGCCUUUUUCUUCUCAUCCCAUUCACCCCACCUGCCUUGCUUAAGGCCCCCACCUAUUCCUUGCUAAUAAUGAGGAAACCUGAUGACCCAGCCAAAGGGUUUCCCCUCCCACCUCCUUGCGGUGGGAGGUGAAUGAGGCUCCUAUACCAAACCCCUCUCCCCAGAAAAAAGAGAAAACAGUUAUUGAGUUUGGGGCCAGAAGCUAGGGCGGGAGAAGGCAGCCCACAGGGUCAGUGCGCCGUGAUCAGGUUGGUUUGGUUUGUCUCUGUCUUUUUUGUUUUUGUUGUUUUUAAACAAUCAUUAGUGAGAUUUUUCUUCAGCCACCAGUGUUGGCCUUGAAGCAGAGGGCUGCAGCCCUUGGUGUUUGUAAAAAUAAGUAAGAAUACACAGUGUGGCUAUGGGUUUGUUUUUUUUUUUCCCCUCCCUCCUUUGAGAAUUUUCUUUUGUAAAAGCAAAAUUAAAUACUUUUUUAAAACCGAAAUCUGUGGAUGAAAUAGAAGCUGGAACCCUCCUGUCGGAAUAUUCAGCCUAAGAACCUCAUGGGACUAUGAAUUCCCCCGAAAUUUUCAUUUGCCAUCAGGCCAAGCUUUUAAAAACAAAAUGUUCUCUAACCAGGAUUGUAACAAAAGUGUAAAUACUACUUCAGAGUUGAGAGUUGAUGGUGCAAAUAUGUAUAUAACGUACUGUAUUUUUACAAUGAUCAUCGCAUGACUGUCCCAGCCCCCUUUUUGUACUCCUUAUCUGUCUUCCAGAAAUGUCACCUGCCCUUUCUCCUGUGGUCUCUUAAUCCAAUAAUUGUAUUACUGCCAUUAAAGGAUGCAGUUAUUUUAAAA